AUCUUCAAGAACCAUGCCACAUUUACACUAUAAAUACAACACACCACCAAUUCUGUUUCAACCAAAUUGAAGACAAAAAAAGCAUCAAAACCAACACACACAUAUCACAUUUCCAAGUAUAACAAAAAUGAGGCUACAACAAUUCAACAUCUUAUUGGUACCAUUGUUCUUGCUUAUUCUUGGCACUAAUUUUCCUUCCAAAGCAAAAGGGUCACUACUACCAUUCAUAGAUUCUCCAAACACACUCUUAUCUGAUCUCUGGUCCGAUCGUUUCCCAGAUCCAUUUCGCGUCUUAGAACAAAUUCCCUAUGGAGUAGACAAAACAGAAUCAUCACCAUUACCACUUUCACCAGCUAGAGUAGACUGGAAGGAAACUCCAGAAGGACAUGUUAUAAUGCUGGAUGUGCCAGGUUUGAGAAAAGAUGAUAUAAAGAUAGAAGUGGAAGAGAAUAGGGUUCUUAGAGUGAGUGGUGAAAGGAAGAAAGAAGAAGAGAAAAAAGGUGAUCAUUGGCAUAGAGUUGAAAGAUCAUAUGGAAAAUUCUGGAGACAGUUUAGAUUACCUGAGAAUGUUGAUUUGGAUUCUGUUAAGGCUAAGAUUGAGAAUGGUGUUCUUACUUUGACACUUGAUAAGUUGUCACAUGAUAAGAUUAAAGGUCCUAGAGUUGUUAGCAUUGUUGGAGAGGAUGAAAAACAAGCUAAGCUUAGCAAUGAUGAGUUGAAAUAAUUAAGCAUGUGAUUGUGAUCAUUGUAGUAAUGACAAGAAAAAUGGUUUUUAAUUGUGUGUUUGAGUUGUGAAUAAAUGGAUUUCACCUGUGAUCUUUUGUGUCUUGUGUUGUAAAAGCUUUGGUAAUUUCUUAUAUGAAUGAACACUAGUUUGCUUUUCUGUUUUCUAUA